CUCGACGCUAUCAGCCUCAGUGUGUGUGACAUGGUGAUAACUUCACUGUCAAAAGUACACACACGCUGUGAACAACGGACCAGCACCGAAAGUCCAAUGGUCAGCGCCCGCUCCUGCAUGUCUGCACCACAAAGCACCGGGACUGCGUGAAGGCGUGAAGGCUCCCUGGGUUUGCGGCAACUGAGCUCGACCGUGCUGGAAAAAAAAAAAGUUUGGCCGGGAGAUCGCAGUCAUGUAUGGACAAACUGGCUUCGUGAGCCCGUUUCACAGACCCCAGUGUUUGGCCGCUGCAGCUCCGGCGGAGAAAACCAAACUCACGCACCCGGGGAAAGCGAUUCUGGCAGGUGGGAUUGCAGGAGGCAUAGAGAUCUGCAUCACGUUCCCAACUGAGUACGUUAAAACGCAGCUGCAGCUCGAUGAAAAGGCAAAUCCUCCCAAAUACAGAGGCAUCGUUGACUGUGUGAAGCAGACAGUGAACAGUCAUGGGGUGAGGGGUCUCUACAGAGGUCUGAGCUCGUUGCUGUACGGCUCCAUACCUAAAGCAGCUGUCAGAUUUGGGGUGUUUGAGUUCCUCAGUAACAAGAUGCGUGAUGAGAGCGGUAAACUGGACAGCAAGCGAGGAUUCCUCUGUGGCCUUGGAGCUGGAGUUGCAGAAGCUGUGGUCGUAGUCUGUCCUAUGGAGACAGUUAAGGUCAAAUUCAUCCACGAUCAGACAUCAGCAAACCCAAAGUACAAGGGAUUCUUCCAUGGUGUCAGGGAGAUCGUUCGAGCUGAAGGACUGAAGGGGACGUAUCAGGGCCUGACAGCCACGGUCCUGAAGCAAGGCUCCAACCAGGCCAUCCGCUUCUAUGUCAUGACUUCACUGAGGAACUGGUACAAAGGUGAUGAACCCAACAAACCCAUUAACCCUUUGUUAACUGGACUGUUUGGAGCUACUGCUGGUGCUGCCAGUGUGUUUGGAAACACUCCCCUGGACGUCAUUAAAACCAGAAUGCAGGGUCUCGAAGCUCACAAGUACAAAAGCACACUGGACUGUGCCGUGAAGAUCAUGAAGCACGAGGGACCAAUGGCGUUCUACAAAGGUACUGUUCCUCGGCUGGGUCGGGUGUGCAUGGACGUGGCCAUAGUCUUUAUAAUCUAUGAGGAAGUCGUGAAGGUCCUGAACAUAGUUUGGAAGACGGACUGAAAUGGACACCCCGGUGCUUCACAAGCAGGAGUGUUAGGACAGGCCAUUCACAUUCUAAACCUUAAACACUGCUUCUAGGUUCUAAUAUCUACCUCCGAGUGAUUUUCAGAAAGACAGGAAGGGGUAUAUUCAUAAUUUUAUUUAUCUAUUACGAGUGGAAGCGUUGUCUGCAUGAAAAAAGCUCCACGUUGCAGAGUCACUGCUUACACCUGCUCUUUUUCCUUAAAUUCCAGAAGUGGGAAGUUCCUUAAGAGCUCAGGGAAAGGAACAGGGCAUUUAUUUAGAUCUGCUUGACUAGAAAAAUGGGAACACUGUCAGCACAAAGAAACGUCUGACAAUCACACUUACAGCUCUUUGAGUUCAGUUAUAGUUAUGCUGUAUGCAUAAUCAAAAACAAACGGAUACUCGACCCAACAUAAUGUGACUCAUGUUGUACACAAAGAAAUUAUAAUUGAAAAUGAGAGAUCCCUCCUCAUCUGCAUAUAUUUAGAUUUUUUUUGAUAGUUUAAAACUGUUAUUUCAUUCAGCACCUGAUAUAAUAAUUAAUAUUCAGAUGUCACAUGCUGCAGAGGUUAAUGUACAUUAAGAACUAAAUGCCUUAAAUCACAAUGGUCACAAUAAUUAAGAUUGUAGGAGCCGUAGAGAUGCAGUUUAUGUUGCAUGUGUACUCAGAGACGCACAUUUCCACAAAACAGAGGUUGAGGUGUUGUAAAGAGGGUUCACUUUUACGUUGCAGACCUGUUUUAAUCAACUGACUAGACUGAUGUUAUAAAAAGUGCCUAUGUGAUGUAUGAUUCAUUUUCAGAUCUUUUGAGAUUAAGAAUGAUUGAAUGUUGUAGGUACUUAGUCACUACAGGUUAUUUUAAAUAAUGUACUCAGUUGCACAAACUGCACUGGUGCCAGACGUUUAAUCCUAGGCAGCAUCUGAAAUAUAUCUGAGGUGUUCACAUCUUCUCGAUCCAUCGUAACUGUUAGUGUGAAUUUUUGCUUCAAAAUUUUAAAUUGCCUUGAAUUCAUACAGAUGCCUGUUUGAGAAAUGCCAUUGAUAGUGCCUUUCAUCUCAUUCCAUGGAGGAUGUGGUUUAGGAUAGCUUUUUUUUUGCAGAUUUUCAGAUUCUGUUUUUUAAUUUUUAACUAUUAUAUUAAUUGCCUUUACUUUUUUAUUCAACUGACAACCCAAUGUGCCAACUGCUGCUCAGAAAUAUAAUGCCAUGAGAUAGACUGGAGGUUGUAGCUUGUGAGUAUGGCAUGUUUACGUGCAGUGCAAUGAUUUUUUUUUUUUUUUUUUUGCUCAUCACACGGUCUUUGUGUAGGACACACAAUGUUUACUUUGACCUACCUUUUUCAGCUUCAUGUUAAACUGGGCCUUGCCUACAUGUAGACCUGUUAUAGACAGUUAAAUAUCUUUUCACAUUAUCACAUGAAAAAUUUCCUGUAGCUAAACCCAGUAUUGUGCCUUCGGUCUAAUGAAUUCUAAUAUCUAUGCUCACAAAUAAACAUUGGAUCAGACUGUUAA